AUGCAAUGCAGGGUGCCAGGACAGCUAGGAGCGUCACAGAAACAGCUUGGUCCUUUUGAUAAUGGUAGCCACCAGUCAGGGUAUGCAGCUUCAACGCCGGGCAGGACAGCAAAAGAUGACCAAUCAAACUUUGCAUCAUGUCAAUACGUAACCCCUAGGAACAUAUAUUCACAUUCAUCUUGCAAACUUGCAGAAGGACUGGCGGCGUUCCCAAAUCAACACUUGAGCACCAACAUACCACAACCGAAUAGUAACAUUGACGUCCGAGGUCUCACAGAAAAUUACAAACCCCUCUCAAUGGGUUUUCCAUCCGAGUUCAGCAUUGUUGCUGACACAGCUUUGUGGCCCGUUGUUUGGUCAUCGUCGUCUCAAAAGUCGGUUGUGCCAUCCCCUUCGCUUGUCUCCGGAUCUGGCUCGAUGGGAAUCGGCAGAGUAGGCUGUGGCGUCUCGGCCCUAUGGUUCAUUAUGAUUCGGGAAGAGAACGAAGAACUGGUGCUUGAUGAGUUGACGGCUGUUAAAGGUAUCCUGAACCGUUCACGAUGGCCUCUGGAAUGCAGGUGA